UUUCAGUGUGGGAUAUUUUCUGGCUGGGAAAUGCCAUUAUCUUCAUCCUCUCUUCUAUGAGCGCGUAUAAAUACCUACUCUGCCUUCGACCGUCAUACCUGCGUACACACCCAUAUUUAUUCCUUCGUCACUGCAAAAACCAAAAGAGAAGAAAGCCAAACCUUCUCUUCAGAGAGAGAGAGAGAACGGAUGAUAAAGAAAGUCGGAACCAUCUCUCUGUACCACGCAUCGCCGGAGAAGGGGGGGAACGAACGCCGGAGCUUUUGCCAGACUGGUCUUGACGCCGGAAAACGAUGAAGAGGCCGGAGGUCGCCGCAGAUUACUUCUGUAACCAAGUAUCAUGGAGGAAGCAAUUUUGGAAGAAAAGCAGGAGGUCCUUUUCUUACUACUAGCUAUGAUUAUGAUGAUGCUCCUAUUGAUGAAUAUGGUAUAAUUAGACAGCCCAAGUAUGACCAUUUGAAGAACUUUCACAAUGCUAUUAAGUUAAGUGAGAAAGCUUUAGUCAAUGCUGAUCCAACUAUCACACAAUUAGGAAGCUACCAAGAGGCACAUGUAUUUUCCACGUCUGGAGAGUGUGCUGCUUUUCUCUCAAAUUUUCAUCUGAAUUCAUCAGCCACUGUGACAUUCAAUAAGAAGCAAUAUGCACUUCCACCUUGGUCAACCUCGAUUCUUCCAGAUUGCAAGAAUGCUGUAUUUAACACUGCCACGGUGGAAGUGAAGAAAUCUGAGGUGCAGAUGUUGCCCACAAACAUUCCAACGCUCUCCUGGGCAACAUUUACUGAAGACAUAUUUAAUGAAGAUAGUGAUUCAAAGCUUACUGUUAGUGGUCUGUUGGAGCAAUUAAAUGUCACCAGGGAUACCAGUGAUUAUCUCUGGUACAGCACCAGGUAAGGACCACCUUCAUUAAGAGUUAAGACUCAUCUGGAAUGAUAUGAUCGAUGAUAAUAAUAUACUACUCCGUAAGAUUUAGAUCAAACCAUGCUAGGAAUGAAACUCAUGGUAGAUGGAAGUGUUUUUAUUCCUGCCACCAUUCUGGUGUGUUUGGACAUUGUAAACUGCUAGCUAAAGGAACACAUAUUAUUGAGCAUUAUUCUGGGAAAUUAUUAUUUUGAGCACUAGUGUUUUAUUUAUGUAUGGAUUAUAUUUAUUUAAGGCUUUUUGAUUUUGUUCCCAUCUUUAGAACUACCGAUCCAUUUUAUUCGGUAUUCCCUUAUAGUGACCUUAUGUAUAAAAGCCAUGAGCUGUAAGUCAAUGAAGAGUAUGGUUCUGAUUCUUUUCUUAGUUAAUACCUUGCGAAUAUGUACUAAAAUAUCAUGGUAUCAGAGCCAGGUUUACGAAUUUAAUUCGCAUGAAUGAUGACACAUAGCAAAGAGUCUACUGCAGGGGAUCCUCCGGCAAAAAUUGACCAAACUUUGCCAUACUUUCUAGGACCUCAUGCUGCUCCUACUGCUGAGAACGUGAACAAAAUAACCAGUAACCGUGAGGACGGCAACGGCAUAUCAACUCCACUGCCGGGUUUCACUCCAGAGCAAUGGCAAACUUUGCUUUCCAUUUUCGGUAAUUCACCCUCCCCUAAUGAUCACAUGGCCGGUAAGUUUAAUACUAAAGCAUGGAUUAUAGAUACAGGCGCUACCAAUCAUGUGUGUGGAAAUUUGUCCUUAUUAUGCCAUAUUAAAUCUAUUGAACCGUGUUCUGUGGGUUUACCGGAUGGACAAAAUGUUUUGGCUACACAAGAGGGACGUGUAAUAUUGACCGAUGAUUUGUAUUUGAAUAAUGUGCUCUUUGUUCCGUAGUUGCAUUGUAAUCUAAUCUCGGUAUCUCAAUUGAGUGAUCAAUUAAAAUGUUUUAUUCAAUUCACAUGUAAUUUAUGUGUUAUACAGGAUCGUCUCUCGAAGAGGUUGAUUGGAACGGGUGAACGGAGGAAUGGACUGUAUUAUCUGCGAGAGGAACCCACAGCUCAUAUUUUAGCAAUCAAAGACUCCAACAGUUCAAUGGUUGAAUUAUGGCAUCAAAGGUUGGGACAUCCGUCAUCUCAAGUUAUUGAAAAAUUGGCUCCUGUAAGUGGUUUGAAGCAUACCAGAGGUCUUCCUUGUGAUGUUUGUUUUAGAGCUAAGCAAACUAGAGACUCUUUUCCCACUAGUUUGAAUAAAACUCAUGAACCAUUUGAAUUGGUUCAUUGUGAUUUAUGGGGUCCUUAUAACACUCCUUCUUCCUGUGGUGCCCGACAUUUUUUAACCAUUGUGGAUGACUAUUCUCGUGCUGUGUGGGUAUAUUUACUUCUUGAUAAAAAGGAAGUUUUUAAAAUGUUUCUCUCAUUUGUUGCUAUGGUGGACCGUCAAUUUUCUAAAAGGAUUAUUACUGUGCUGUUGAGUUUAAUCCAACACGAUAUAGUAAAUAUAUGUAUAAAUGUGUAUGAACAACUCAGUUUUUACGUGGAAACCCGAAAGGGAGAAAACCACGGGACUUUUUAGGCUAAUGUUCAAGCCCUCUCAAUUCUCAUUAGGACUCUCCUCACCAUUACAUUGUACAAGCUCCCAUUCAUGGGGUAUUUGAGCUAAGUCUAAAAGAAAGGAGGAAGGAGAGCUAAAAAGGGAUGAAGGAAGCCAUCCAUAAUAUGGAGGGAAGCUCCCAUAUUUAUAGAGAAUAGGGGGAGGGGAUGCUCUCCACCCUAACGGGCCGCGUGGGCCAAAGCGGGCCGAAAUGGCUAAAGUGGGCCGGAUGGGCCGAAAUGGGCCUAGCUGCUCGGGCUCCGUAGAGAGUAAUGUCUUGGGCUCCUGAACAGUAAUAGGCCGGGAUAAUAUAUCCCAACACAAGUCCCCCAGUUUCUUGAGUAGUGAGCGUGCGAAUCUGUUCGAGAAAAUAUACUCUUGCCUGCGCUUUACCUCGGUCUAGCUGGAACCUGUGUCUUCGAAUAAUCAUAAUAUAUGAGUGGAUGUCCACACUCCUGAACGUAAUCUGCCGGUGAGGCACCCCCCUUCCCGAUGGGGUCGGGCGAAGGGUGCUCCUCCACGGGCACACUCCCCCUGAAUGCAUCAGGCGGGAGUAAAGGACCCUGACUCGAGCUUUCCAACGGAGAAGCUUAGAGGUCCAUGCAUCUAUAAACCGACGUCGCGGUACUGUCAAAACAUGAUGCACGUGUGUAUGUAUGAAUGUAUGAGGUAUGAUGUAUGAAUGCAUGUAAUGUAUGGGUGCAAUGUAUGAGAGAAGGAAUGUGAGAUGUGAUAGAAAGCGGUGGCUCUCAUCGAUAAACCAGGCAUGUCAGCGCCGAGGGGCAGACGUGCUGCAUAAGAGACGUUCGUCGCCAUCCUGAAAGGGAUGGGCGACCCUAACGUGAGCCAGACACGAUGGCGCUGGGGCGCUGAUCGUGCUGCAUAAGAGACGUUCGUCGCCAUCCUGGAAGGGAUGGGCGACCCUAACGUGAGCCAGACACGAUGGCGCUGGGGCGCUGAUCGUGCUGCAUAAGAGACGUUCGUCGCCAUCCUGGAAGGGAUGGGCGACCCUAACGUGAACCAGACACGAUGGCGCUGGGGCGCUGAUCGUGCUGCAUAAGAGACGUUCGUCGCCAUCCUGAAAGGGAUGGGCGACCCUAACGUGAGCCAGACACGAUGGCGCUGGGGCGCUGAUCGUGCUGCAUAAGAGACGUUCGUCGCCAUCCUGAAAGGGAUGGGCGACCCUAACGUGAGCCAGACACGAUGGCGCUGAGAAGCCGAUCGUGCUGCAUAAGACGGUCGUCGCCCUCCUGGAGGGAAUGGGCGAGCCGAACCGUGAAGCCAGGUACAAUGGCGCUGAGGGGCCGAUCGCACUGCAUAAGACGAUCGUCGCCAUCCUGGAAGGGAAUGGGGCGACCCGAACGUGAAAGAGACACGAUGGCGCUGAGAAGCCGAUCGUGCUGCAUAAGACGGUCGUCGCCAUCCUGGAGGGAAUGGGCGAGCCGAACCGUGAAUCCAGGUACGAUGGCGCUGAGGGGCCGAUCGUACCGCAUAAGACGUUCGUCGCCAUCCUGGAAGAGAUGCGCGAUCCGAACGUGAAAGAGACACGAUGGCGCUGAGAAGCCGAUCGUGCUGCAUAAGACGGUCGUCGCCAUCCUGGAGGGAAUGGGCGAGCCGAACCGUGAAUCCAGGUACGAUGGCGCUGAGGGGCCGAUCGUACCGCAUAAGACGUUCGUCGCCAUCCUGGAAGAGAUGCGCGAUCCGAACGUGAAAGAGACACGAUGGCGCUGAGAAGCCGAUCGUGCUGCAUAAGACGGUCGUCGCCAUCCUGGAGGGAAUGGGCGAGCCGAACCAUGAAGCCAAGUACGAUGGCGUUGAGGGGCCGAUCGCACUGCAUAAGGCGUUCGUCGCCAUCCUGGAAGGGAAUGGGGCGAUCCGAACGUGAACGAGACACGAUGGCGCUGAGAAGCCGAUCGUGCUGCAUAAGACGGUCGUCGCCAUCCUGGAGGGAAUGGGCGAGCCGAACCGUGAAUCCAGGUACGAUGGCGCUGAGGGGCCGAUCGUACCGCAUAAGACGUUCGUCGCCAUCCUGGAAGAGAUGCGCGAUCCGAACGUGAAAGAGACACGAUGGCGCUGAGAAGCCGAUCGUGCUGCAUAAGACGGUCGUCGCCAUCCUGGAGGGAAUGGGCGAGCCGAACCAUGAAGCCAAGUACGAUGGCGCUGAGGGGCCGAUCGCACUGCAUAAGCCGUUCGUUGCCAUCCUGGAAGGGGAUGGGGCGAUCCGAACGUGAACGAGACACGAUGGCACUGAGAAGCCGAUCGUGCUGCAUCAGACGGUCGUCGCCAUCCUGGAGGGAAUGGGGCGAGCCGAACCGUGAAUCCAGGUACGAUGGCGCUGAGGGGCCGAUCGUACCGCAUAAGACGUUCGUCGCCAUCCUGGAAGAGAUGCGCGAUCCGAACGUGAAAGAGACACGAUGGCGCUGAGAAGCCGAUCGUGCUGCAUAAGACGGUCGUUGCCAUCCUGGAGGGAAUGGGCGAGCCGAACCGUGAAUCCAGGUACGAUGGCGCUGAGGGGCCGAUCGUACCGCAUAAGACGUUCGUCGCCAUCCUGGAAGAGAUGCGCGAUCCGAACGUGAAAGAGACACGAUGGCGCUGAGAAGCCGAUCGUGCUGCAUAAGACGGUCGUUGCCAUCCUGGAGGGAAUGGGCGAGCCGAACCGUGAAUCCAGGUACGAUGGCGCUGAGGGGCCGAUCGUACCGCAUAAGACGUUCGUCGCCAUCCUGGAAGAGAUGCGCGAUCCGAACGUGAAAGAGACACGAUGGCGCUGAGAAGCCGAUCGUGCUGCAUAAGACGGUCGUCGCCAUCCUGGGGGGAAUGGGCGAGCCGAACCAUGAAGCCAAGUACGAUGGCGCUGAGGGGCCGAUCGCACUGCAUAAGGCGUUCGUCGCCAUCCUGGAAGGGAAUGGGGCGAUCCGAACGUGAACGAGACACGAUGGCGCUGAGAAGCCGAUCGUGCUGCAUAAGACGGUCGUCACCAUCCUUGAGGGAAUGGGCGAGCCGAACCGUGAAUCCAGGUACGAUGGCGCUGAGGGGCCGAUCGUACCGCAUAAGACGUUCGUCGCCAUCCUGGAAGAGAUGCGCGAUCCGAACAUGAAAGAGACACGAUGGCGCUGAGAAGCCGAUCGUGCUGCAUAAGACGGUCGUCGCCAUCCUGGAGGGAAUGGGCGAGCCGAACCAUGAAGCCAAGUACGAUGGCGCUGAGGGGCCGAUCGCACUGCAUAAGCCGUUCGUUGCCAUCCUGGAAGGGGAUGGGGCGAUCCGAACGUGAACGAGACACGAUGGCACUGAGAAGCCGAUCGUGCUGCAUCAGACGGUCGUCGCCAUCCUGGAGGGAAUGGGGCGAGCCGAACCGUGAAUCCAGGUACGAUGGCGCUGAGGGGCCGAUCGUACCGCAUAAGACGUUCGUCGCCAUCCUGGAAGAGAUGCGCGAUCCGAACGUGAAAGAGACACGAUGGCGCUGAGAAGCCGAUCGUGCUGCAUAAGACGGUCAUUGCCAUCCUGGAGGGAAUGGGCGAGCCGAACCGUGAAUCCAGGUACGAUGGCGCUGAGGGGCCGAUCGUACCGCAUAAGACGUUCGUCGCCAUCCUGGAAGAGAUGCGCGAUCCGAACGUGAAAGAGACACGAUGGCGCUGAGAAGCCGAUCGUGCUGCAUAAGACGGUCGUCGCCAUCCUGGGGGGAAUGGGCGAGCCGAACCAUGAAGCCAAGUACGAUGGCGCUGAGGGGCCGAUCGCACUGCAUAAGGCGUUCGUCGCCAUCCUGGAAGGGAAUGGGGCGAUCCGAACGUGAACGAGACACGAUGGCGCUGAGAAGCCGAUCGUGCUGCAUAAGACGGUCGUCACCAUCCUGGAGGGAAUGGGCGAGCCGAACCGUGAAUCCAGGUACGAUGGCGCUGAGGGGCCGAUCGUACCGCAUAAGACGUUCGUCGCCAUCCUGGAAGAGAUGCGCGAUCCGAACGUGAACGAGACAUGAUGGCGCUGAGAAGCCGAUCGUCUUCCAGGACUUCAUCCUGGGAGGAAGGGUGGACCUGGGCGUCGUCCCUCUGUCUGAUCUGGGGAGCUGGUAUUCGUCGUCCAAUGCAAAAGAAAGCCUGAUGUUAGCCGAUCGUCGUCGGCCACAUCAUUCUUCGUACUUAAGUUUUGUAACUAUUCUUUACAUAUGUUUUUCAGUUUGUACUUCCCGGUCAAUAGCGCCGAGGGAUAAAAUCAUUCUUUGCUCCGUGCUCUUCUGGCAUCUCUUUUUUUUUUUUUUUUUUGGAGUCUUUUAGUCUUCGUUCGUCCUUGGUCCUUGGUCCUGCCGGCGUCCCUACUUCGAGGAGACGUUCGGUAUCCGCAGACAUCGCAAGGAGGAACAGGUUUAUCUACAUCGAGAUUCCCCCGUUUUUCGUUCGUCCGUGGUCCUUUUAGUCUUACCGGCGUCUCUUGCUUCGAAGAAGACGUUCGGUACCCAAGGAACUCGCAGGGACGAACUGGUUUACCCUCACGGGUUCCCGGCUUUGUUAUCCCACGUCCAUCGAUCCAUGGUCGUUGUGGGAUAAACAGGUUUAUCUUGGCAAAGCUCCCUUGGUUCGUCUAGCCCCCUCCGCGUCUCUACUAACCUCUACAUCGAGAGGCGUUCGUCUUCGGCGGUGGGAGAAGAUCUGGCACGCCCGGGCAAGAUUCCCUUCCGCAUAGGAGCUACUCUCCUCUUCUCCCCAUCUUUCUUUUUUUUUUUUGAGGGAGGCAAUCUAUACUCUUCGUUCGUCAUUGGUUCUUGGUCCUACCGGCGCUCUUGCUUCGAAGAGACGUUCGGUAUCCGCGAAACUCGCAAGAUGGAAUAGGUUUAUCUACAUCGAGAUUCCCUAGCUCUUCUUUGUCCGUACCUGGUCCGUGGUCCUACCGAUCUUCCUACAUCGAAGAAGACAUUCGGUAUCCAAGAAACUCGCAGGGAUCACGGGAUGUCACACAUAAUGGUGGUGGCAUAGCGAACGAAUAUAAUGACGAGGCGAUAGAAUAGCUGGUCGUCAUGCGAAGGCGAUGGUCACCCUCCUGGAGGGAAGUCGUGAGCCCGAUCGCAAACUCAAGAGGGUCGGCAUUGGGAGCCGACAAACAAUGAUCAUAAUGUCGCUGAGCAGUCGGUCCUGAUGAGGAGAUGGCAAUAGUGCCCGGUCAGGCCGAUAUAUCCGUGCAACGGCUCUCAUCCAACGCAUCGCGGGGAUGGAACCGGUCUUCAAAAGUUAAGUAUGUCGUGCCGAGAGGCUGAACAUGAUGUGAUAGUGUCGGCAAUGAGGGGCCGACCUGAAAGAAUCAAGCAACGACCCUCAUCCGCGAGGAGCGGGGAUGAGGCCGGUCUUCAAAUAUGGAAAGCACGCCGAGCCGGGAGGCCGGUCGUGAUAUAAUGGUGUCGGCACUGAGAGGCCGACCUGAAAGAAACAAGCAGCGGCCCUCGUCCGCGAGGUGUGGGGACAAGGCCGGUCUUCAAAAGAUGAACACGCCGAGCCGAGGGGCCGGUCGUGGUAUGAUAAUGUCGGCAAUGAGAUGUCGAUCAAGAUAUGGUCAAGCAACGGUCCUCGUCCGCGAGGUGGCGGGGACGAGGCCGGUCUUCGAAUAUGAUAAUCACGCCGGUUCGAGAGGCCGGUCGUGAUAUAAUGAUAUCGGCGAUGAGAAGCCGACCUGAAAGAAAUCCAGCAACGGUCUUCGUCCGCGCAGCGCGGGGAUGAGCCCGGUCUUCAAAUAAAAUAAUCAUGCCAUGCCGAGAGGCCGGUCAUGAUGUAAUGAUGUCAGCAAUGAGAGGCCGAUCUGAAAUCAAGCAACGGCCCUCGUCCGCGCAGUGCGGGGACGAGGCCGGUCUUCAAAUAUGAUAAUCACGCCAUGUCGAGAGGCCGGUCGUGAUAUGAUGAUGUCGACAAUGAGAGGCCGACCUGAAAAUCAGGAUGGUCUCACGGCCCUCGGCCGUGAUGGUCUCCUCUAGGCCCUCGGCCUCUGAAUGAUGGAUGAUCGUCUCACGGUCCUUCGCCGUGGUAGUCCACUCUAGACCCUCGGCCUCUAGGUGUUCUUCCUAGGCCAUCGGUCUCUGGGGUGGAGAUGCUCGUCCAACGGUUCUCAACCGUGGUGGUCUCCUCUUUAGCUGGCCCUGAACGUCUUUGAGACUUAGGCCAAUCGUCUUUUAAUCAUUUCGCUCGAGCGCGUCGAGUGGCUUCAUCUGCGCAAUAAGCAUGGUAACGGGCCGCACGGCCCGACAAUAAAUAUGCACACAUAACCGUCUGCAUGGCGGAGUCUUUAACCUCCACGAUUACCGGCCUAUGGGUCAUCGUGACCCUCGGCCCGGCUCAUCGUGCGGAGUUAAUGGACGUAGCAGCUCGCGGCGGGGCCAAUUAGCAGCCCGCCGAACGUCACAUAGAGAUAAUCACUGGUCUGUGAGUUUGAAAACUCAGACCCAAGUUGGUCGCACUGCCCUCGAAACAACGAGGAUGAGCGCUUCGGUGCCCUCGGGCCCCACAGGUCGCGUUUGGCACAGUCACUUCGCCUAAUGGCGCAGGUGGUACUAGGGUACUAUUGUCGCUCGAGCACUUGGUGUCGUGCGGACUAUUGCGUAACCCCCAAAUUAAAACGCGUCAUCGGACACUACCCUCUGGAGACGCUCAGAUCGCUAACCAAAGCCGAUCGAGAGUGGGCUAAUCGAACCCCCCAACAAUUAAAUAUUUAAUAAAAAAGUUGGCUGAACUAAUUAUCACUAGAACUUCGCUCUGCAUUAUUUAAUCUCGGGACAUUUUUAUCCCUAAUAAAUAAUAGUGAUGUAUGGGUAGUAAUAAUGAUAUUAUCCUAUCAAAGGCCAUUCAGGUAUACUCCGUUCGCUAAUUAAAGCCGAUCAGGAGCGGGCCCACAGGCUCACAACAACCAGUCAUCAAUUUUAAUGACGAUGGAAUUAAUUAUCACUAGAGCUUUACUCAUCUGAGCUUUGCUCGACAUUAUUUAAUUUUGGGAGAUUCUAAUCCCUAAUAAAUAAUGGUGAUAAAAUAAUUUAACCAAUAACAAUACUAGUAUAGAUACGAAGCAUUUUAACUAAAAAUCAUAGCAUUUCAACUAAAAGCAUAAGCAAAGAGUACUCAGCUUUUGGAAAGGGACGCUCGGCCAGGCAGCUCGUGAAGUCAGAUCUGCUCCCCUUUUAAAUUGGACUUAGUCAACUUAAGGGACCAGCUGGCCCCCACAUCUUUGACCAAGGGGCAAGACUUCGGCAUAGGCUGCUGGAAUUCCUCAAUUUUGACUUUGUCAAAAUUCUCCUAGAAGUUUUGGCCCCAUCUUCUUUGGCUCUAAUCUUGGAGACGUGGUCUGCUCCCAGUCAAGUAAAGAGCAUCUGGUGGAAAGGCAGACGAAACAUCCCACCAAGGUCAAUCAGUGCAGGUCAGUUGCUGGCUGGUGGCGACGAAAGCUACAGCAGGGCGAGGGAGGCUGGAAAAGCUAGCCCACGGUGGAGAUCGGCCGAACUCCGAAGCAUACCCUUCCUGAGCUCCAAGCAGCCAUCCAUGGCAGAGCCCGGGGAAGCCUCAGCUUAAAAAACCCCGUCGCAUUACCAGAGGUUGGGGGCUGAGCAGCGGCAUGCAGCUGGCGGUGCAAGACGGUGCUGCGUUCCCGUCGGAGGACCCAGCUACGUCCGAUGAACAGUGCUGCUACGGCGGAGCUCUCCUGGGACCGAGAUGACGAGACCAGGUCCAGGGAUGCUGCAGCAGGUCUUUGUCUGGUGUGGAUGAACUCGCCGGAGGGUCCACCGCGGUGGGAAAGGUGGCGACGGCUCCGGCGACCCCCAAUCCGGAUCUGGAAAAAUCCAAAUGUCAUCCUCCAGAUUUCGUAGCUCCCUUACUUCCCAGAAGCAUAUUUCCUUCGUUUUUCUUCAUGUUUGCUCCAGAAUCAUUUUUUUUUCCGGAAUCAGUAUAUUUCGUAUGAAUUUUUUUUUGUAGAAACUCAAGAACAGUAGAACACACGAAUCUUUUUGGACAGUUUCCCACAGACGGCGCCAGUGUUGAGUUUAAUCCAACACGAUAUAGUAAAUAUAUGUAUAAAUGUGUAUGAACAACUCAGUUUUUACGUGGAAACCCGAAAGGGAGAAAACCACGGGACUUUUUAGGCUAAUGUCCAAGCCCUCUCAAUUCUCAUUAGGACUCUCCUCACCAUUACAUUGUACAAGCUCCCAUUCAUGGGUAUUUGAGCUAAGUCUAAAAGAAAGGAGGAAGGAGAGCUAAAAAGGGAUGAAGGAAGCCAUCCAUAAUAUGGAGGGAAGCUCCCAUAUUUAUAGAGAAUAGGGGGAGGGGAUGCUCUCCACCCUAACGGGCCGCGUGGGCCAAAGCGGGCCGAAAUGGCUAAAGUGGGCCGGAUGGGCCGAAAUGGGCCUAGCUGCUCGGGCUCCGUAGAGAGUAAUGUCUUGGGCUCCUGAACAGUAAUAUGCCGGGAUAAUAUAUCCCAACAUGUGCGAAGUGACAACGGGACCGAAUUUAAUUGUUUAAAAGAUUUUUUUCGCAUUAGUGGUAUUAUCUUUCAGACUUCUUGUGUUGGCACUCCACAACAAAAUGGACGUGUUGAACGCAAACAUCGGCACAUUUUGAAUGUUGCUCGUGCCUUGCGAUUUCAGGGGCAUUUACCUAUUUCUUUUUGGGGUGAAUGUGUUUUGACUGCUUCUUACCUCAUCAAUCGCACUCCCUCUGCGAUUCAUAAUUACAAGACCCCUUAUGAAAUUUUAUUUGGAGUGCCGCCAAGUUAUACUUCUAUGCGGGUUUUUGGAUGCUUGUGUUACGCCUAUAAUAUGAAGUCCAAAGGCGAUAAAUUUUUUAGCAGAAGCCGAAAAUGUGUAUUUGUGGGCUAUACUUUUGGGAAGAAAGGAUGAACUGUUUUUUAUCUCGAGACUAAGGAAUAUUUUGUGUCUCGUGAUGUAAAAUUUUUUGAAACCAUUUUUCCUUAUGUCGCGGCUCCUGCACCUACGGAUGACACUCCUCCAUCCCAAGACCUACUGCUCUAUGAUUACAGUGGAUAUUCAUCAGCCGAAACCUCUAUCCCACAUAAUGAUAAUGCUUUGGUGGACCCACCUUCACAAGAGUCUACUGGUACUUUGGACCACUCUUCUAUCAACCCCACUAAUGAUAAUUUUUCUCCUGAGGACACCACUGCCUGGGAGAAUCAAACCGAACAACCACUCAUCUUGGGUCGAGGACAAAGGCACCGGACUCCUUCUGUACGUCUUCGGGACUAUGUUACGCACACCAUUGUUAAAAACAGUCCAGUUCCCGUUCAUUCGGUUCCGUCACCUUCUUCAGGUACGUCGUUUCCUAUUACACAUUAUAUUACUUGUGAUGUUUUUUCUCCGAAACAUCGGGCUUACUUGGCAGCUCUCCAUUCUAUUACGGAGCCCCGGUCCUUCCAAGAGGCUGUUAAAGAUGAGGGAUGGUGUCAUGCCAUGAGGGCUGAAAUUCAAGCUCUUGAAAAAAAUUCCACUUGGAGUCUAGUUCCAUUACCUUCGGGAAAACGAGCACUAGGGUGUCGAUGGGUCUAUAAAGUAAAACAUAAAUCUGAUGGGAGCAUUGAACGUCUCAAAGCACGUCUCGUUAUUUUUGGCAAUCGACAGGUUGCCGGUCUGGAUUACACCGAGACAUUUGCCCCAGUUGCUAAAAUGGUAACCGUGCGUGCAUUUCUUGCUAUUGCUGCUUGUAAAAAUUGGGAGCUCCACCAGAUGGAUGUUCAUAAUGCAUUCUUACACGGUGAUCUAAAUGAAGAGGUAUAUACAUGACUAUUCCUCCUGGCUAUCGUACUCAUGACUCUACUUUGGUUUGUCGUCUUCAUAAAUCUUUAUAUGGCCUUAAGCAAGCCCCAAGAUGUUGGUUUGCUAAAUUGGUCACGGCUCUCAAGAGUUAUGGAUUUCUCCAGUCUUAUGCUGAUUAUUCCCUAUUUACACUUACUCGUGGACAUACUCAGCUUAAUGUUCUGGUUUAUGUUGACGACCUUCUAAUUGCUGGAAAUGAUAGUGCUGCCAUUUCCAGUUUCAAAUCCUAUCUUAAUACAUGUUUUCACAUGAAGGAUUUGGGGAUUCUUAAAUAUUUUCUGGGCAUUGAGGUUGCUCGCAGCCCCUCCGGGAUAUUUCUUACUCAACGCAAAUAUGCUCUGGAUAUUAUCACUGAAACUGGUCUCUUGGGUGCCAAACCGGCCUCUUCUCCGAUAGAGCAAAAUCAUGGCCUCAGCAAUGCUACUGGAACACCGUUGUCUGACCCUGAAUCAUAUCGUCGCCUUGUUGGUCGCCUUAUUUACUUGGCGGUCACUCGCCCAGAUAUUACCUAUUCUGUGCAUAUCCUAUCACAAUUCAUGCAAAAUCCUCUCAAUGAGCAUUGGUCUGCAACUUUGCGAGUGGUUCGAUAUCUCAAAGGCUCUCCUGGACAGGGUAUUCUUUUACGUGCUGAUAGUGAUCUCACACUUACUGGUUGGUGUGAUUCAGAUUGGGCCGCUUGUCCUCUUACUCGCCGAUCUCUAUCUGGUUGGUUAGUGUUUCUGGGCCACUCUCCCAUUUCUUGGAAAGCCAAGAAACAAUCUACAGUUGCUCGUUCUUCUGCCGAAGCUGAGUAUCGCUCCAUGGCAGCUGCUACUUGUGAAUUAAAAUGGCUGAAGGCUCUCCUUUUCAGUUUGGGUGUUCAACAUCCUCAAGCUAUCCCUCUCUACUGUGAUAGUCAGUCAGCACUUCAUAUUGCUAAUAAUCCCGUGUUUCACGAACGCACUAAACACAUUGAAGUUGAUUGCCACUUCGUUCGUGAUGCCAUUCAAGCUAAACUCAUUGCACCGAAUUACGUGCCAACAACAAUGCAGCUUGCCGAUAUCUUCACCAAAGCUCUUGGCAAGACUCAAUUCCAGACACUCCUACGCAAGUUGGGCAUUUUGAAUCCUCAUGCGCCAACUUGAGGAGGGGUAUUGAGCAUUAUUCUGGGAAAUUAUUAUUUUGAGCACUAGUGUUUUAUUUAUGUAUGGAUUAUAUUUAUUUAAGGCUCUUUGAUUUUGUUCCCAUCUUUAAAACUACCGAUCCAUUUUAUUCGGUAUUCUCUUAUAGUGACC